AUGGGCUUUACCUCCAGUGGCUUUAUGGGAACUGCCUGUGUAGAGAUUAAUUAGCAUUUAACAAGGCACACUUCUAUUGUUUAGUGGAAGCUCUCUCAAUGGGCAGAGUGUGGGAAAGCUCUGGAGAGCAGAGUCUCAGUUUAGAGUCAUUAGCCUCAUCAGUACCACCAGCACCUGUGAGUCUUAACGGGGAAUAGGCACACUUGUAUUGUUCAGUGGAUAGAAUGGGUGGGAGGGGGUAUUUGGGGUUAUUUCUUACUCUUGCUUAUGCAAUUAAUAAAUAAAAAAUAUUAUGUAAGCAUAUUCUCUGCAAAUAUACAUGAGUAGAAAAUGCUUAUUUCUCAAUUAUUAUAUGGAUAUGUGUCUGGUUUACGUUUCAAUAUGAGAGAUAAGACACAAAUGUAUUAUGAUAACUUUCAAUGCCAUUUUGAUUGUGCAUUAUAUUCGUAUUUUCUGUAUAAUUAUUUUAAUGAUUUUUCUAUAAUGAUGCAUGAGCAUCUUGUAAAUUCAGAUCAUGAAUCAGCCAGUCCUGGUUUUUCCCUCCAGAAUCCAGAUGGUUGGUGACGUCAGGCUCUGUCUAUAGACAACACAGAGUCAAUGGCCGGCACUAAUAGUCCACUGAGCAGCUUUUGUAGUACAUUCAUCACAGCACACAGGACUCAGUGUGGGAAACUCAGAUUAGUGCUCUACUCACACUAACCAAUAGCCCCAAGACAGAGGACACAUCUGCUACCUCUGAACUCUCAACACUGAAGGAGAAUUCCCUCCAUUCUCAGAAUACAGAAGUAGUGAAGGUGUGUAGAUACAAAACUCUUUCUCUUCAAGAAGAACAUCAAUAAUCAAUCAGUUUAAUGGCAUUCAACAACAAACCCAACCAUCAAAAAUACUUGUGUAGCACCAAGAGUUUUAAUGUAGAGGAUCUGUGUCAAUUUCACAUGUGUAAAUUGUGAUGAUGAGCAUGUGCUCUGUCAGUGUCAUUGAUCCCAACAUCAGGCAGCAGAUCUGGGGGUCACCACGUUCCCAGAGUCACACAGCACUCUGUGAGUCACUCUCCAUCACCCACCACCCAUCCACCUGUUCCCCUGAGACGUGACCAUUGUCCCCCAGCAAUAAGAACACUGAGCAUGUAGCAGCUCCACAUUCCUUAUUGCCCUCCCAAGCUCACCCAUUGGCUACAGACUGUGAGAAACUCCAACAAGCCCAAGACACACACAUUUCUUAUGCAGAUCUGGGACUAUAUAUAGGAGAGAUGAAGCCAGUAGAUAUCAGAUUCACUUUCUACACAGAGACCUCUACAGCACAGAGAUCCAGCCAUGGCGCCUAUAAUCACUUCAGCAAUGAUCUACUCUAA